AUGGGAUUAGAUUGGCAAUUAAAAUCAAGAAUAUUAUUAUCUAUUAUUAUAUCUGUAUAUAUUGUAAUUAUUGCAUUAAUUGCAGCUGCACUAGAUGCAGAAUGGUAUGAAGUGGAGCGUGAAGAUUGGUCACAAGAUUAUUCCUUCUAUAUGACUAAUAGAAAACUAUCUCUAUUCCAAAUAAAAGUUAAAGAAGGAUACCCAAGUAAUAUAUCAUAUAAAUGGAAUUUUUUGGAUUCAUAUAAAGAAGAAAAUGUUGAUACAAGAUUUAAAUAUGAGGAGUUUAUGAUAAAUAAUGCAAUUAUUUUGUUUGUCUCUAUUGCCAUUUGGGUCGCUUCAAUCAUUUGUAUUAUUGUUGCAUUUUUCCAACCAAAAAAUAUACAUUCUAGAAGAGCAAUGAUUACAUUACCGAUUAUUUUAAUUGUCUUUGUGGGAGUAGGAGCAUUUAGAUUCGUUACCAUACCAAAAACCUUUAAAGAGGACUUAGCUUUUAAUUGUAAUUAUGCCUACUGGUGUGACUCUUUCAAAGGAUCGUUAGGUGUCAACUACUGGAAACCAAAAGAAGGAUUCUCAAUGAUCGUAGCUGCUUUUGUAUUCUCUGUGCUUGGAACUAUCCUCUGUAUACUCCAAUGGUUCGUGCUAAAAGGACUAAAGAAAUCCUUGGAAAAGAACUCAACAAAGAUGUCAAAUAUCUCUGUUGGAAACCAACCAGCGCCACCUGUAGUCUAUGCAAAUGGACUACAAUCGCCUGGUGCAGUUGUCUAUGUAAACCAACCUAAUGUGGGAUAUUCUCCACCUCCACCAGCUCCAAUUACACAACCAGGUCCUGCACCACCUGGAUUCACUUUAGUACAACAACAAAUACCAGUAAUAGGACCAAAUGGAACACCUACUCAUUACACAACUCAAUAUGUAUAUCAACCAAUUUAA